UGUCAUGCAUGCAGCACCACCAUCUGGUGGCGCUGUCAGGUGCUGGAGAGGACGCCUCUGUUCUGCGCGGAGAGGCGCUGUCCAGCCCCUCUCGAUGGCGCCUUCGCCAGGGCUGCGCGGCCUCCGAGCUUGCUGCACCCCCAUCCGUCGUCGCAACUGCCUCUUUGCGAAAGACUGCACUUGCUGCGCUUGAUACUCAUGCAACUCGAUGUGUGCAAAGAGCAGGAGACAGAACUCGAGGCCUUCUCUCCAAUGAGUCGCCACUCUGGAGUGAAGGGCCACCUGCUCGAGAUCACAGCUGAGGGCCCUCUGAGGCGAAAGAGCAAAAACAGCUCGUGAGGGCAAGGCUCGAGCGGAAAGCAUCUUCCCGCCGCAGGACGGGUCCGUGCUGUGGGUGAGACGGCAUGAAGCGGCCCUGCGGUGCGUUUCCCGGCGGCUCGGUGAGCACGACGGCUCAUGCUGCGGCUAAGGGCUCGGAUGCCGAGGAUCUCGCGUCGCUGCGAAAUGCGUUUUGCCGCAUCUCAACGGGCACGCUCGACGUGCAGCGGUGUGGCGUUGUACCUGAGCUGUGCCCCUUUCCGAGCGCUAGCAAUGCCUUAGUGCCUGGGCAGCGGCCCUGGACUGGCCGUCGCCUGGCCGGGGGCCGAGAGCGCUCCUUCGAGGCGGUCGCGUGCUCGCGUCGGACCCCUGAGCGGCGACGAGCGUGCGCGGCGCGCGGCACAUGCGCGCAGCAGCAGAGCGUGCGAACGCCUCCGCAUGGCGCGCGUGGCCGGUCGCUCGUGCCUGGCUGCUGAGUGCUCUCUAUGCAAGGCCAGACCGCGAGUGCAGCUUCAUGCAGCA